AUGGGUUUUCGUUUACCUGGAAUCAGAAAGGCUUCCUUUUCAUCAAAUCUUGCAUCUUCAAAAGGAGUCAAUGUUCCAAAGGGCUAUCUUGCAGUUUAUGUUGGGGACAAAAUGAAGAGGUUUGUGAUUCCUGUAGCAUACUUGAAUCAACCUUCAUUUCAACGGUUGCUAAGUCAAGCUGAAGAAGAGUUUGGUUAUGAGCAUCCACUGGGUGGCCUCACAAUUCCCUGCACAGAAGAGUCCUUUGAGAAUAUAAUUUCUGGGUUGAAUGAGUGUUGA